CUCAUCAUAUGAAAGUUACUCAGCCAGGUGACAGCUGAGCCAGCGGGGACUCAAGUGUAUCUCCCUACGGCUGCACUCUUCGCAACAUAACAGACAACAUUAGGACAUCUGUCAGCACCACAUCUUGCGAAGGACACACAGACUGUUACCCCACUGUUGCUUUCAUGUUCUGUUUUUACAUGUACGUAAUUUGAAAGCCUCUCUUACGCUCGUUGUAUCACAGUAGUUAGCUAGCAAGCACGCAUUAACGUUAGCUUCUCUGACGCUACUACCAGAGAGGACUCUACGGUUGUAUUUGUGACCGGUCACGUUUUAGACAGACAUUGUCAACAUGUCGGAUCCGGCUGGGGAGGUGAAGCUGGAAGUGAAACAGGCGAGCAAAGAGGUGAAAGAGAGCGAAAACGUAGCGGAAAAAUACUCAGCCAUGACCGUAAGCAAGAAUAGCGAAAUGAACAUGGGAGAGCUGUCGUCCGCCUUCAGCGCUGUGCCCACUCACAAACCAGUUAAAAAGCAAAUCCAGUUUGUGGAGGACAAGCAGGAGUUCAGCAGGUUCCCCACCAAGGCAGGCCGUCGCUCCCUGUCCCGCUCCAUCUCUCAGUCAUCCACAGACAGCUACAGCUCAGCUGCGUCCUAUACGGAUAGCUCUGACGAUGAGUCCUCACCACGGGACAAAACUCAGGUCAACUCCAAAGGCAGCAGUGACUUCUGUGUGAAGAACAUCAAACAGGCUGAAUUUGGCCGACGUGAGAUUGAGAUCGCAGAACAAGAUAUGUCUGCGCUGAUCUCACUCAGGAAAAGAGCACAGAGUGAGAAACCGUUGGCAGGUGCCAAAAUUGUGGGCUGCACUCACAUCACUGCCCAGACUGCAGUCCUGAUCGAGACUCUGGUGGCUCUUGGCGCUGAGUGCCGCUGGACUGCAUGCAACAUUUACUCUACACAGAAUGAAGUGGCUGCUGCUCUGUCAGAGACUGGUGUGGCUGUGUUUGCCUGGAAAGGGGAGUCUGAGGAUGACUUCUGGUGGUGCAUUGACCGCUGUGUCAACAAUGAGGGUUGGCAGCCUAACAUGAUCCUUGAUGAUGGAGGAGACUUGACACACUGGAUGUACAAGAAAUACCCCAAUGUAUUCAAGAAGAUCAGGGGCAUUGUAGAGGAGAGCGUCACUGGUGUUCACAGGUUGUAUCAGCUGUCUAAAGCUGGGAAGCUGUGUGUACCGGCUAUGAAUGUAAAUGACUCUGUGACGAAGCAGAAGUUCGACAACCUGUACUGCUGCAGAGAGUCAAUCCUGGAUGGCUUGAAGAGGACCACAGAUGUCAUGUUUGGAGGCAAACAGAUGGUUGUAUGUGGGUACGGUGAGGUUGGAAAAGGUUGUUGUGCUGCUCUGAAAGCUCUGGGAGCCGUCGUCUCUAUUACAGAGAUUGAUCCCAUCUGUGCCCUGCAGGCCUGCAUGGAUGGAUUCAGGGUGGUUAAGCUGAAUGAGGUCAUUCGCCAGGUUGAUGUCAUCAUCACAUGCACCGGGAACAAGAAUGUGGUGACCAGAGACCAGCUGGACCGAAUGAAAAAUGGCUCUAUUGUCUGCAACAUGGGCCACUCCAAUACUGAGAUUGAUGUGGCAAGUCUUCGGACCCCUGAGCUGACCUGGGAGAGAGUGCGUUCUCAGGUGGAUCACGUCAUUUGGCCUGAUGGCAAGAGAGUCAUUCUUUUGGCUGAGGGACGUCUCCUUAACCUCAGCUGCUCUACUGUCCCUACCUUUGUCUUGUCCAUCACAGCCACCACUCAGGCACUGGCCCUUAUAGAGUUGUACAACGCUCCUGAGGGACGAUACAAGCAGGAUGUUUACUUGCUUCCCAAGAAGAUGGAUGAAUAUGUUGCGAGUCUGCAUCUGACCACUUUUGAUGCCCACCUGACAGAGCUUUCUGAUGAGCAGGCAAAAUACCUGGGCCUGAAUAAGAAUGGCCCUUUUAAACCCAACUACUACAGGUAUUAGUCUGCAGGGGAACCACACCUCAGCACACCUAAAUGUGAACGCUACCAAACAUCACCUAUUCCUAAGACAAAAGAAAGAUUGAUGUACUGUAUAUAUUAUGGCUAUAUUGUAUUUUAUACUCUUCAGAGGAUACACAGCUUAUAUUUAGUUGUAUUUCACUGACCACAUCGAGUUUUGCUUCACUUGCUGCUUUCUACAGAACUGCACAUGGCACCCAGCUGGCUAUGAAACGUCAGCGUGACCAUAGCACCUAUAUCUGCUGUUCUGUGAGAUUAUUUUCUGGUUCAUCUGUUUCCAUACCUGCUGGCUCAUAGGUUAUUUCAGGUUCUGAUAGAAAAAUGUAAUAAUAUUUCAAUAUAUUGUGCCAAAUGUCUGUGAUGGGAUAGGGUUACAGUUGUUGUGAAAUGUUAAUGGUUAGUUGUGAAAUCAGUUAAACCUGCACUAAGUGAUACAUUUUCUAUAAACGUAUUAAAUUCCUUCAGUUAAUGCUUGAAAUUCCAAACCCAUAAAACUAAAGCUCACUGAACUUUUUAGCUGCUGUUAGCUCCUUGUUUUGGCUCUCUCAUCAACCUCCCGUAUUAAACUGUUAGCAGCCAUUUCCAGAAAAAAAAGCUUAGACAAGCCUAGCCUUACAUAAAACGUCAGAGAGCUGAUGUAAACUCCUGGCUGGUGAAAAAAGUCAAGUUCCAAAUAGUUCUCUCUGGAGUAUGUGAACCAAAUCAGCUUAAAUUUGCCAGGUGGCCAGAAAUGUGAUUCCCAUUUAGGUGUAACUGUGUGUCUGCUGGAUGUUUAAGUAGGCAAUUAUUUCUGACAAAUGAGCCAUGCAACGUGAUAUCAGUAUAUGUAAAUCAGGGCUGUUACUGCAUUCCAUUUACCUCGGAAGUCAGAGCUGGGACUGACGUUUCACCCGAGUUGACCGCGUUCCAGUAACAAGUCGGAUAACCAUUAUGUUUAAUGGGGUGGGGUGACUCGAACCAGGUUAACCAUUGUUAGCACUACCAGUUGAUAACUGACACAUAUAACCUAUGUGGUAUUUGGCGUGUACAAACAUGGUAGCAAUAUGUCCACAGAUAGAAGAUGGACAGUACUGUGUGAACGACUGAUUUAAUGAGACGCAAAUAAUGCAGAAGUGCUUACAAACAGAAUAUUCAUACAGCUUUCACUACUGAUGAUGCACAGAGCAGCCAUGCUGAAUUGUGAUGUCGGGGUUUUUGAGGUUCUCUCAACUUUCCGAGUCCGAAAUCUAACUUCAGGGAGCCUUCUAGUUGAAAUUUUCGACUGGGAACUGGGAAAUUCCGACUUCCCAGUACAACUGGAACGCGUCAAGAGUUUUUUUUUUUUUUUUUCUUGUUUUUUUUUUAAUUUGUUUUUGCCCCCCAGUGGUAAAAAACACUUAAUGCAGCUUUAAAGUUUUCUCUCUUUUUCGAUGUGGCAGCGCUUGCUUACUUCAUACAUUCCAUCCACAACAUACAAAAGAAAUGGCCUGUUCUCUGUAGUGUCAUCCACAUUAUUGCUAACCAUCAGCACAUCUGGGCAAAAAAGGAACUUCAGCACUUUUUGACUAUAGCAAACAUAGGAUGAGAGCUGGGCAUUUAUUAUCUUGAAAAUAAAACAAGCCAAUUUGAGUUUUUGGUGUCUGAUAAGAAUAGUAUCUGCACCUCAGGGCAUUCGAAUAUCUGAAAUUAUUUGUAAAUGUAUUUUUACCAGAUCAGCACUGUCUCACUGUCCUCAUGAAAUUAUUACUUACAGUAGAACUGUAAAAUAAGUUUAGAGAUUUUGAUACUCAAUGUUCAGAGUUCAUUUACUAUUGCAGCUAUGUACAGUAUGUUCUGUGUAGAGCUAACGUAAGUCACAGACUACAUGUUGAACAGUGUUACAUAAAGUAUGUUUAUGCUGUAUAUGCAACAGCCUCUGAUCAGCCAAUCUCAUUAUGGUAUUUGCUAAUGUGCAAAAUUGAGUUUACUGUUUGAUUUGUCACAGGACUCUGAUCUUGUGUUAACUAGAGCAUGUCUUUUUCAACGGAAAAGUGAACUUAAAUCCACAAAUGCUCUGGGCUCAGACACGGACAAGCUUUGUUGUCAACACAUUUGCCUCGACACGUGUUAGCUUUACCUUCUUUGUUAUUGCCAUUAUUAUAGCUAUUCUAAUAACACAAUGUUGUGUUUUGUUUCGCUUUUCAUUGCUCAAAAGGCUUUGGCACAGUUUUGUGAGGCUUGAUAAAUGCACAACUUAUUAUGCCACCUUCUCUAUAUUCUUUUGUAAUACAAACUAUAUAGUGUGCAGGUAGUAGUUGUAUCUUGCUGAAUUUAAGGCUUUUCAACACAUUUUAACACGCUGUAUAUCAUGCUGGUGGUCUGUGGGCUGAUCUUACUCCAAACAUUUGACAGUGUUACUGUCCCUGCAGAGGAUUUGGCACCUUUUUACCUUGUUAAAGUGUUGCACCACAUGUAUUUACUCAGUAUCUUGCUGCAUCACCCUUCACAAAACUUCAAACUUAAUCUGCAGAGCCACAGGUAAUUCCUGUAUUUCAUUUUUGCAGUAAUUUCAAUUUUAUUUUUUUAGAUUUGUGUCACUUACUCCUGCUGUUUAUUUGUAUAGUAGUCUACAGGAUGCUACUAUGAAGUGCUUUCAUAUUUGCACCCACAGAUUUAAAGGCAUCAGAGCCAAGAACAUUCAGUGAGGACAUCAAUGUCAGCAAAAAGAGUGCUGUAACCAUGGUUACUGGUCAAUUGACAGUGCCUUGUGACUCACUUAGUAAUUUCUGUUCACAUGUACAACUGUUUCUCCCAUUAUGGUAUUGUGUGAAACAUGGUUGUUAUUCUGCAAUAUUCAGUGAUAGCUAUGCAGCGAAACACACUCAGUUUUCUACUGUAUUUUACUUCUGCAAUGGUGGACAGUUGUAAAAUCUGUGCUUUUUACAUUACUCAAAAAAUAUGCAUUACUGUAAGAUGACUAACAUGAUGAAUAACUAACUACUUAGUGGGCAACAUUUUACAUUCUGUUGUACUUUUUGCAUCAAUUUUAAUGUAUAUGUUUCAUCCCAGUUUAAUUUCUUGUAACAAUCAGACAUUUAAAUGACUUACAGUGGUCCUUUUUAUAAUAGCACUUUUGAAUUCCUUUUGUUUUAAGAGAUGUGUCAUUUUACCCUUAUUUUAACUCUAAUAUAGAGACAAAUGAAUGUGUUAUUACUGGAGCAAACAGUUUUACAUAUGUCAAAUUGAAAUAAAUAAGCAUACCACUGUGAUUUGACAGUUGUACACUGUUGCUGGUUUUAUGUUUUUGAUGUGUAGACAAAGUUCUGUAAAUGAUUAGCUAUAAAGUAAGCCUAUUUUCAACACUAUCUGUAGUUUAGUUUGAAGAACAUAAUUUCAGCAGUAUACCACCGUUACAUUUCUGUGCACAGUUCCCUUAAUAAACUGGUGUUUAAAUUUGAAAA